AUGUUCAGGAACCCUGAAUCCAAUGACAGAAGUACUGAACAAUUUCGUAAACUAUUUAUCGGUGGUUUAAAUCCUCAAACUACUGAAUCGAAUUUGAGAGAAUACUAUGGACAAUGGGGAGAUAUUGUCGACGCUGUCGUCAUGAAAGAUAAACGAUCUAGUCGCUCCAAGGGCUUUGGCUUUGUUACAUACAAGGAGCCUGAGAUGGUGGAUGCCGCGCAGGCACAGCGGCCU